AUGCGUCACGCCCCAAUUCUACAGGGACGAUGGCGCUCGCAAGUACGUUCGAAGCGCACGGAUCAAGCGCACGGAUCGGGCGCUAGCCUCACAUGUACGUUCGACGCACCCGCUUCCGCCCGUCGCACUCCCUUCCGCACGCCUGCACUCCCUUCCGCUCGUCGCACUCUCUUACGCCCAUCAAACUCCCUCCUGCCGUCGCCCUACUGCCCGUCGCUCUCCCUAGCGCACGUCGCACUCACUUCCGCCGUCGCCCUCCCUUCCGCCCGUCACCUUCCCUUCCGCCCGUCGCACUCACUUCCGCCGUCGCCAUCCCUUCCGCCCGUCGCCCUCCCUUCCGCCCGUCGCCCUCCCUUCCGCCGUCGCCAUAGAUUCCGCCCGUCGCCCGUCGCCAUGCCUUCCGCCCGUCGCCCUCCCUUUCGCCGUCGCCAUCCCUUCCGCCCGUCACCCUCCCUUCGUCUCUCUCGUCGCGCUCCCUGCUGCUCAUCGCCCUUCCUCCCGCUCGUCCCCUCGCAAUCCCCGUAUCUCUCUCCCCUCGUCGCCCUGGCAUCUCCGUCACUGUCGCCAUCCCUCCCUUCUCCCUUCCCAACUCCCACACUUGUCACGCCCCCUUUCCAACCCGCACACACCCUUCCUUUCCCUUUCCCUGCUUUCCCAUGUUCCUUUCCCUGCUUCCCCCCAUCCCCUUCCCUGCUUCCCCCCAUCCCCUUCCCUUCUUCCCCCCAUCCCCUUCCCUACUUCCCCCUUUUUCCUUCCCUGCUUCCCCCCAUCCCAUUCCCUGCUUCCCCAUGUCCCCUUCCCUGCUUUCCCCCCAUCCCCUUCCCUGCUACCCCCCAUCCCCUUCCCUACUUCCCCAUGUCCCUUUCCCUGCUUCCCCCCAUCCCCCUCCCUGCUUCCCCCCAUCCCCUUCCGUGCUUUUCCCCCUCCCGUUUCCAUCGCUUUCCCCCUCCCGUCGCCCUCGCUCUCCCCCUCCCGUCGACCUCGCUUUCCCCCUCCCGUCGACCUCGCUUUCCCCCUGCUCACUCUCUUUCCCUCUGCUCACUCUCUUCCCCCUUCCUCAUUCUCCCCCCCCUUCCUCACUCUGUUCCCCCCUGCUCACUCUCUCCUCACUCAAUUCCCCCCUGCUCUAUUCCCCCUGCUCUGUUCCACCCUGCUCACUCUCUCCUCCUCACUCGUAUCCCCCCUGUUCUGUCCCCCCCUGCUCUAUUCCCCCCCGCUCUAUUCCCCCCUGCUCUAUUCCCCCCUGCUCUAUUCCCCCCUGCUAUAAUCCCCCCUGCUCUAUUCCCCCCUGCUCUAUCCCCCCCUGCUCUAUUCCCCCCUGCUCUAUUCCCCCCUGCUAUAAUCCCCCCUGCUCUAUUCCCCCCUGCUCUAUCCCCCCCUGCUCUAUCCCCCCCUGCUCUAUCCCCCCCUGCUCUAUCCCCCCCUGCUCUAUUCCCCCCUGCUCUAUCCCCCCCUGCUCUAUCCCCCCCUGCUCUAUUCCCCCCUGCUCUAUUCCCCCCCUGCUAUAAUCCCCCCUGCUCUAUUCCCCCCUGCUCUAUCCCCCCCUGCUCUAUCCCCCCCUGCUCUAUCCCCCCUGCGCUAUCCCCCCCUGCUCUAUCCCCCCCUGCUCUAUUCCCCCCUGCUCUCUCCCCCCUUGCUCUCUCUCUUCUCACCUCCUCACUCCGUUUCCCCCUUGCUCACUCGGUUUUCCCAUUGCUCAUUCUCUUCCCCGCUGCUCAUUCUGUUUCCCCUUGCUCAUGCUGUUUCCCCUUGCUCAUUCUGUUCCCCCUUGCUCAUUCUGUUCCCCCUUGCUCAUUCUGUCCCCAGCACCAGGUGUAG